GUGGCUUUGAAUGACAACCGUAGUUCACCAGUGAGUGAGAACUGAGAAGAUUUCUGCCCGAUCUCCGACGGAUCCCCGAUUCAUCGGCGUCGUUCGGUCAGUGUUGAACUGUUUUAGUGCAAACUGAAUGCAACCGAUAAUAAUUCCUGUGAUGCUGCCUUCUGAUUCAGAACAAGAAUAUUACCAAUGGCAACAGUGACUGCUUCAAAAUUUGUUUCAACAAGCUCACUUGUCAGCUAUGGAGGAAUGUCCGGAUCGCAGCCCAAAACAGCACUGGCACAAAUUGGGCUGAGAAACCAAACCAUGACUCACCAUGGGCUGAGAUCUGUGAACAAUGUUGAUAAAUUAAACUUGAGGGCCAAUGCAAAGACAACCACAGGGCAAGCAAAGGGGAAAGAAUGCAAGACUAGAAAUGCCAAGGAGCGCAGUGUCAUCAGAUGCGGAAGUGGAAUGAACUUAGUCUUUGUGGGAGCAGAGGUUGGCCCAUGGAGCAAAACCGGUGGACUUGGUGAUGUUCUUGGAGGACUGCCACCAGCAAUGGCGGCCAACGGCCACCGUGUUAUGACAGUAGCUCCACGUUAUGACCAGUACAAAGAUGCAUGGGAUACAAGUGUUCUAGUUGAGAUAAAAGUUGGAGAUAGAAUUGAAACUGUUCGCUUCUUCCACUGCUACAAACGUGGAGUUGAUCGUGUUUUUGUUGAUCACCCCAUGUUCCUUGAGAAGGUAUGGGGAAAAACUGGAUCGAAAAUAUAUGGUCCCAUGGCUGGAGAGGAUUACAGUGACAACCAACUUCGCUUCAGUUUAUUAUGUCAAGCAGCUCUAGAAGCACCAAGAGUCCUGAAUCUCAACAGCAGCAAACAUUUCUCUGGACCAUAUGGUGAAGAUGUCGUCUUCAUCUGUAAUGAUUGGCACACUGCUCUUCUCCCAUGCUACCUGAAAACAAUGUACAAAUCUAGGGGGAUUUAUAGAAAUGCCAAGGUUGCUUUCUGCAUACACAACAUUGCCUACCAAGGAAGAUUUUCCUUUUCAGACUUCUCACUUCUCAACCUCCCUGAUGAAUUCAAAAGUUCUUUUGAUUUUAUUGAUGGUUAUGAUAAGCCUGUGAAAGGGAGAAAAAUCAAUUGGAUGAAAGCCGGCAUAUUAGAAUCAGACAGGGUGUUAACUGUCAGUCCAUACUAUGCAGAAGAACUUGUUUCAGGCAUAGAAAAAGGUGUGGAACUAGAUAACAUAAUUCGGAAGACUGGCAUUACUGGUAUUGUGAAUGGCACAGAUGUUCAGGAGUGGAACCCAACCACAGACAAAUAUAUCAGUGUUAAAUAUGAUGCUACAACUGUUAUGGAUGCAAAGCCUCUUCUAAAGGAAGCACUUCAAUCUGAAGUUGGGUUGCCUGUGGACCGAAAUAUCCCUGUAAUAGGCUUUAUUGGUAGACUCGAAGAGCAGAAAGGUUCAGAUAUUCUUGCAGCAUCAAUUCCCAAAUUCAUUGGAGAGAAUGUUCAGAUAAUUGUCCUCGGGACCGGUAAAAAGGCCUUUGAGAAGCAACUUGAGCAACUAGAGAUCAAAUAUCCUGACAAAGCCAGAGGAGUUGCAAAAUUCAAUGUUCCUCUUGCCCAUAUGAUCAUAGCUGGAGCUGACUUUCUGCUGAUCCCAAGUAGAUUUGAACCAUGUGGUCUUAUUCAGUUACAAACUAUGCCAUAUGGAACGAUUCCUUUGGUUAGCUCAACUGGUGGACUGGUUGACACAGUCAAAGAAGGAUAUACCGGAUUUCAUAUGGGAGCCUUCAACGUUGAUUGUGAUGCUGUGGAUCCUGCAGAUGUGAAUGCAGUGGCAACUACUGUCAAGAAAGCUCUUAAAACCUAUGGCACCUCUGCUAUGAUCCAGAUGAUUAAAAAUUGCAUGGCUCAAAAUUUCUCCUGGAAGGGGCCAGCGAAGAAGUGGGAGAGCAUCCUGUUGAGCCUGGAGGUUGCUGGGAGCGAACCUGGAAUUGAUGGUGAGGAAAUUGCUCCUCUUGCAAAGGAGAAUGUUGCCACUCCUUGAGAGGCAGGUCCGUAUCUUGCACCGGCCCAUAAAUGAAUGAUGCGGUAUUUUAAGCUAACCUAUGAACUCUACAACUAACCAAUGUUGCCUGCUCUGCUCUGUUUGAUCCAUUGUAUCUGGUUUGCAGUCAGCCUAGAAGUCUACAGGCUUUAUUGAUCUUUUCAUUUUUUAUGUACUUGGCUAUUAGCUAAGUGGUUCUGGAGGUUCUGAGGGUUGAUCAUAAUUCCAACGUUAAUAUCCUCCUUGUAACUUAAUAUGGUAAAUCCAUAUAAUGGAAGGACUGAUAUGGUUCUAUCUGUGCUAAGCAUCAUGUACUAGUUCCUACUUCCUAGUAUAUGAAUAAAUAUAGAUGGCUUCUUUCAAA